AUGUCGAUUAUUGCAACAACAGUAAACCGUUAUAAUUUAAUAAUACAAAUUUAUAUAUUUUAUUAUUGCUGUUUAUGUAUCAGUUCUGGUGAAUUUAUACGAAAUGAUGAUCAUCAGAAAAUUAUCAUGAAUAAUGAUAUAUCAAAAACAAUUGUUCAAUUAUAUACAUUACAACAGAAUGAUAAUGGUGACAAUGAUAAUAAUGUAAUUCAAUUAAAUGAUAAAUGUAAAAAUCAUGCAUCACGUUAUUAUCAAGAUUUUCAAAAUGGAAAACCAUGGGCAAUUCAAAUGAUGGAUGCCUCAUCAAAAUUACAAUCAGGUAUUUUACUCGGUAAUCUAAUUGAUUUUGGUAGUUUUGAUGAAUGUAUUAAAAUCAUCAAUCAAGAAUUAAAAGAUGAUAUAAUUUAUGGUAAACAUUGUUUUGUAUCGAUACAACCAUUUAAUAAAACAUUACAACGUAUACAAUCAGCAUUAUCAUUACCAUCGGAUAGAAUUGCAAAUAUAUCAUCACGUCCUGGUGAUUUUGGUAUUACAUGGUCAAUUUGUGUACCAGAUUCAUGUCAAGCAAAUGAUAUACAAACACAUUUACAAAAUUAUAUACCAUCAAUGAUUAAUAUUAAUCAUAAUGAAUUAAUGAUUGAAGUGAAAGAAUCGAAAUGUAAUACGAGAAAAGAUGUUUAUUUGAAGUUACGAUCAAGUGAUUGGAUGGCAAUCAUGUUCUGUAUUACAAUUGUGAUUGUGGUUAUAUUUAGUAGUUCGUAUGAUUUGUUUACUCAAAAUAAAGAUCCAGAGGGAGGAAAUGCAAGUAUGAAAGUAUUAAAUGGUAUUCGAUUUUUGAGUACUACUUGGGUAAUAAUUUUUCAUCGAUUUUUUGUUAUGAUGUUUUUACCAAACAUUAAUUCGGUUGAUUUACAAGAUUGGAUUAGACAAAUGCAUAGUACGAUUAUUCAAGGCGCAACCGUAGCUGUUGAUACAUUUUUUACAAUCAGUGGGAUGCUAGUUUUAAUGUCAUUUUUUAAAGCAAUGGAUCGUGACAAUAAAGUUAAUCUAUUUUCAUUUUAUGUACACCGUUAUUUACGUUUAACACCAAUGGUUGCCGUUGUAACUUUAUUCUAUGCAACGUUAUUACAAUAUUGCGGUUCUGGGUCAAAUUGGUCAAGUGUACAGUUGGGAUUAAUGACGCCAUGUAGAACACAUUGGUGGUCGAUAUUGAUGUAUAUUCAAAAUUAUGUCAAUCCAGACCUUUAUUGUAUCACUCAAACAUGGUAUUUAUGUGUUGAUAUGCAAUUGUUUUGGCUAUCGCCAUUAUUUUUGUAUCCAUUAUAUAAAAAGCCAACAAUUGGCUGGAUUAUUUUAUUAAUUAUGAUAUUCCUACCAAUGGGGAUUUCAUUUUAUCUGGCAUGGAUUCAUUAUUAUAAUGGAAGUUUAAUAUUUCAAAAAGAUCUACUACAAACUCAUUACUUUACGAGACAUUACACGGCAACACAUGCCCGAGCAUCACCAUGGUUCCUUGGUUUGGGUCUUGGAUAUAUAGUGUAUAAAACGAAAAAUAAAAAACUUACCAUAAAUCCGAUUCUUGUAAUAAUUAUGUGGGUAUUCACAUUUGCGAUGCUUAUCACUGUUGUAUUUGGGAUAUAUCAAUUCCAACAAUUUGAAACACCAUUAAAUCGUUUUAAAGCAUCUUCGUAUCUAGCAUUCUCAAGGACAGCAUGGUCUUUGGCAAUAUCAUGGAUUGUUUUUGCAUCAAUUCAUGGUUAUGGUGGAGUAAUAAAUACUUUUUUAUCAUGGUCUGGAUUUGUAGUUCUUGGAAAAUUAGGAUAUACAAUGUUUUUAACUCAUCUUUGUUUACAAUUUGCUUCAUUGGCUGCGCUAAAAACACCACAAUAUUUUACGAUGUUUAAUGAGGUGUAUAAUGGCUUCGCUGACAUUGGUAUAUCAUUAUUAAUGUCAUACAUUCUAGUUGUGACAAUUGAAAUGCCAGCAAACAUUAUUGAAGAUUAUAUAUUCAAGAAAUCAACAAAUCAAGUUAAAACCGUUUCAAAAAAGGAUGAAUUGAAGAAUGGAUAUUAAA